GUCUGCACAACACUUGCCAUGAAAUUGAAGCACAUUUUAGGCGAAAACGAUAUCAAACCCGACGAAGAGAUUACUAAUAAUAACACAUCAAACAAAUUGAUCGACAAAUACGUGAAAAACAUGCGCGAAGAUGAAGUCCUGCUGAAAACAUUGCAUCAACUGAUCCUCGACUCGAGCGACGAGAACAGCAAUCUCGACAAAGAGAUGGCCCGUAAGUGUGUCGACAAACUCCGGGCGGAUCUAUCGGGCAAAGAGCCAACUCUAGACCUGUCUCAGGACCUAAUCAGUCGGGUAUCGAAGAACGAGCAUCUGAUCCGAUCCCUUGUGGACAUUGUCAGCGAGAAUAACGUACCGAAAAAGGAGAUCAAAGUCCUGGAGAUGAACACAGCGGGCGGCGGGGCUUUGAUGGCUCACGAGGUGGACGCAUACCUGGCCUCCGCUGCCCUCUACCCGAUCGACGUGGGCUAUAGUGUGGCCGUCCGGGCGCUGAACACCGUUCCCGAUAGUUUCCGUAGCGGCCGGGCCUUCAAACUGAUGGAGUGGUCGCCCGAAGAGUCGCCGUUUCCCAGCGAUAUAUCGCCCAAAGAUCUGGUGAUCGCACGAGACUCGGAGGACUUGUGGCCGCUGGACAUGGAGUCACACCUGCAAGAAGUGCACGACGUUCUCGUCGAACAGGGCUUUCUUAUGGCCGUAUUUCGUACGCGAGUCACACCACCGGAGCUAAUGUUGGCUCAACUCUUGGACCUUAAGACUCCUCCCGGAGCCGAUCGAUUGGCCAAACGUGUGGACGACUACACAGCGGAGGCGCACAAAAUGGGUUUUCGUCUCGUCGGCCGCAAAGACGAUUCCGUGAAUUCGGCGGCACUGCUGUUCCGGAAGGUGACCGACAAAGGGCUGCCCGAUAAGCACCGGGUGAUCAACAUUGACACCAAUUGCGAGAAAUGGUUUGAUGUGUUGAGAGAGAAACUCGUCGCGUGUAAAGACAAUGACGAAAAGUUACCACUUUGGUUGGUUGGCACCGGUGGUGGUGGCGAUGGCCAGACAUCGCCAGACACAGCCAUUAACGGUAUCAUCGGUUUAGUGAACUGUCUGCGUCUGGAACCGGGAGGCGAUUGUAUUCGGUGUCUGUUUGACUCGGAGUCCACCAAAUCAGAGAUCGAUAUCCGCCACAAACCGUACGCCGAUAUACUGGCCAUGGAUUUGGCGGUGAAUGUGUUGAGCGGCGGCGGACGGGUCGGCACUUAUAGGCACCUGACUCUGCACCGGGACUACGACCGGUUCGCGUCCAACAACUACUUCUUGAACGUUACCCAAAACAAGGAUCUGUCGAGUCUUCAGUGGUUCGACUCCAGACAGUUGGUCAGUCCGAUUGGGCCCACAUAUGAUCUGUCCAACAAUAAGAUCAAUAAUGUCCGGUGCGAUGUCUACUGCGCCGGACUAAACUUCCGGGACGUGAUGUUUGCCACCGGCCGCAUAGCUGCGGGUCCGCAGUCGCUAUUCAUGGACUGUCUGAUAGGGUUUGAGUUCGCGGGCCGGCGGGCGGACAACGGGGAACGGGUUUGCGGUUUCACACUCUCGCGAUCCUUCGCCACCGAAGCGACCACUAAUGACCGGAUGGUGUCUCACAUACCCGACCACUGGUCGAUGGAGGAGGCGGUCACUGUUCUCAGCACAUACAGCACCGUAUGGUACGGACUCAUCAAACGGGCUAACCUUAUGAAGGGCGAGCGCAUACUGAUCCACUCGGGCGCCGGUGGUGUGGGUCAGGCGGCUAUAAGCAUAUGCCAGUACUACGAGUGCGACAUAUACUGUACGGUGGGAACCGACGACAAGAAACGCUUUCUGAUGGCUGAGUACGGAGUGCCGGAGUCGCGGAUCUACAGCUCGCGAGACAUACAGUUCAAGUACGCCAUCAAACAGGCGACGGGCGGGAAGGGUGUGAAUCUGGUGCUCAACUCACUGACGGGCGACAAACUGGAGGCCAGUUAUGACGUGAUCGCCGAUUGCGGUCGGUUUGUCGAGAUCGGCAAAUACGACCUCCAGAUGAACAAACAGUUGGGAAUGUUUACCUUCUUGAGGGACGUGGCGUUCAUCGGUGUCUCUGUCGACAUGAAGCUGUAUUUGGAGAACGGCUUCACCGACGAGUUCUUCGAGUGGAUGCACCGGAACUCGAGGAAUGGCUGCGUUCGGCCCAUCAAUCGUACGGUAUUCCCGGCCGCGGAGGCCGAGAAAGCGUUCCGAUACAUGACUACCGGUAAACACAUCGGGAAGAUAUUGUUGCGGAUGCGCGACGAAGAGCAACCGGUGCUGCCAGUGCUCCGGUCGGGUGCGGUGGCGCCGGCCGGCCAGUUGACGGUCACCGGCAAGACCUACUUCGACCCGAACAAGUCGUACGUGAUUGUGGGCGGAUUGGGCGGCUUCGGCGUAGAGUUGGCCCAUUGGAUGAUCACUUUGGGCGCCAGGCGACUGGUGCUGGUCUCGCGGUCCGGCGCCCGACACGACUACCAGAAGUUUGUCAUCAGACGGUUGGAGGCGUUCGGCCAACGACUCAAGUGGUUCGACAGCCGCGUGACUGUGUCUACGGCCGACUGUCGCACCACUGCAGGCGCCCGACAGCUGUUGGCCGAGGCGAGCGCGUUGGGUCCGGUGGGCGGUGUGUUUCAUUUGGCACUCGUGUUGAACGACUGUCUCAUCGAGAAUCAGACGUAUGACAAGUUCGCAGAAACGGUUGAGUCAAAGACCCAGUGCUGCGCGGAGUUGGACGCGGCCAGUCGUGCCCUACCCGUGCCGUUGGACUAUUUCGUGGUGUUCUCGUCGGUCUCGUGCGGCAAAGGCAACGCCGGUCAGAGUAACUACGGUUACGGCAACUCUGUUUGCGAGAGGAUAUGCGAGCGCCGCAGGGCUCAGGGGUUGGCCGCGCAGGCCAUCCAAUGGGGACCCAUCGAUGACGUCGGUGUGAUCGCCGACUCCGAUAAGUUUAGCACAUUUUCAGGUGUUGUGAAGCAACGGAUCAACUCGUGUCUCGAGAUAUUGGAUAAAUUGCUUCAAUCGGAUCACCCGAUUGUCUCAUGUGUGGUGAGGGCCAAACGUCAACUGCAAAGCGGCACUCGAGAGGCCCGUAUAGUGGCCCAGAUCUGGAUGGCUCUGGGCAUCGACCCGAACACAACACCCGAUCACUUGACACUCGGCGAGAUAGGCAUGGAGUCCAUGUUUGCCGUCGAGUUUCAACAGGGGUUGGAGAGGGACUACGACAUCAAACUGACCCUAAACGACAUCAAAAACAUAACCAUCCGCAACAUGAAAGACUUCGAGGCCGGUCGGGUCGAAGUGUUCAAACAACUGGCCAAAGACAUCAGGGAAGCGCGCGACAAGUUGAGCAAGAUCAAGUUUAUCAUACCCAUCGAGACGCACACCCGACUAAACGCGGUCAAAACGGGUAAACCCGUGUACUUCUUGCCACCACUGGAGGGUAUAUUCGCGUCGCUGGAAGUGUUGGCCGAGAAGAUAGACCGUCCGGUGAUUGGCCUGAACUGGACGGCCGACGUGGACGGCCUGCGCGACCUCAAGUCGAUCACCGAUUACUACAUACGUCUGUUGGACUCAUUGCAGCCGUCGGGCGGUUACGACGUCGUCGGCCACUUCUACGGCGCUCUGUUGGCCGUAAAGAUGUUGCGCCGGAAGUCCGCUCACCUAAGUCGAUCACCGAUUACUACAUACCCGUCGGGCGGUUACGACGUCGUCGGCCACUUCUACGGCGCUUUGUUGGCCGUAAAGAUGUUGCGCCGGAAGUCCGCUCACCUGAACAAGACUGUCAUCAUUGAUAUGCUGUCCGAGACUCAGAUGACCGACGAGAUGGUCAGCGAUGAGUAUUUGGUUGAAUUGAUCACUAAAUUCAUAUCCAAAGACUUGCCACAAGUGGUGAAGGAUAAACUGUUGAGAGAUAUGCGCACAACGGGUGGCGAUGUGUCCGCCAAACUGUCCAAACUGUCGGCUGAGUUGCGGGAGUUUGUGGGCAAAGGUCUGGUCAGCAAGAAUUUGGACGAUAUUCUGAAGAAUAGCUUCUUUAGAGCGAAACUAUUUACUGGUUAUCGACUGAAAAUGAAGAAUAAACUCAAACAAAAGGCACUCAAUUUGGGCAAAAAGUUUCUCCAAAUGAAUGGCAAACUAUUGAUUAUUAAGCCUAAUGUCGAAAAGCCGAAGGAGACUAAGGAUGGCAAGCAAUCGACGGCCACCGCCGACCCCGACAUCGAUGGACAGAUUGACCGAAUUAAAGACUCUUACUUUUUACCCGAAAAGACAAUUGGUCAGAAUCGGGAACAGCACUACCGAAGACAUCCCAAACCAAACAACUCAUACCAAAAGGCAAAUGACCGGCAAUUUCCUUCUUAUUUGAAAGAAACUGAUUAUAACGCCGGUAACGAUAGUCCAGGUGUGGGCGCCAGUGUUGGACAGUUCCGGGGCUAUGUCUUCGGCGUUGGGCUGUCGUGUGGUUCGCGGCUGAGGACUGGUUUUGGGCGCCAAUUGAUCGCCGGCAAAGAUGACCAUAUUUGGUAA